ACGGCACACGUGGCUCCCGUAGACCACUCGUGCGCCAUUCCCCACUUCGCCUCCCCAGGCUUCCCGACGAGGCAUGGCGGGACGGGUGGUAUCGCCAAAACCCUAAACCCCGCGCCACUCGCUGCCCCCGCCGCGGCCGCGUGGGCCGGCGGCCUCAACCGUAGCCGAAGCGCCAUUGAUGUGCCCCGUUCCUGCCGCCAGCGAUGCACAAGCUCCUCCCCCGCGCCGCCGCCUUUCUCGACGCCACCACGGCGGCCCCGCUGCUGCUCUCCUCCCCCCACAUACCCGCGCUCCACCUGGCAGGCCCGCACCUAGCCGCGCGCCCGAGCACAAACCCUAGCCGCCUUCACACCCCGCCGUGGCUGCGCUGCGACGGCGCGAGGAGGGGCCUCUGCUCUGUCGAGGCGGCGAGGCGCAGGGACGAUGAGGGGGGCGAGAGGCAGAGGGUUGGAGCGGUGCCGGAAAAGAGGCAGAGAGGUCGGAGUGAUGCGCCGAUAGGGAGUGGGGAGCUGCUCGCCAUUCCCGGAGUCGGGCCGCGGAAUCUGAGGAAGCUCGUGGACAAGGGAUUCGAUGGCGUGGCACAGCUCAAGCAGCUCUAUAGGGAUAAGUUCUUUGGCAAGUCUAAUGAGAAGAUGGUUGAGUUCUUGCAAAAUUCAGUUGGCAUCAUUCACAAGAACCAUGCUGAGAGUAUAACUUUGUUCAUUAAAGAGAGUGUUGAUGAAGAGCUGAAAGGCACCGAUACAUCUAAGCUUUCUAAAAAUAAGAGGCUGACCUUUUGUGUGGAAGGGAACAUCAGUGUUGGGAAAACUACCUUCCUUCAAAGAAUAGCCAAUGAAACUAUCGAACUGCGUGACCUUGUAGAAAUAGUACCUGAACCUAUUGCAAAGUGGCAGGAUGUUGGCCCUGAACACUUCAAUAUACUUGAUGCUUUCUAUGCUGAGCCACAGAGAUAUGCAUACACCUUCCAGAAUUAUGUAUUUGUUACGAGAGUCAUGCAAGAGAAGGAAUCUGCAAGUGGAAUAAAACCUCUUCGGCUGAUGGAAAGAAGUGUUUUCAGUGACCGAAUGGUUUUUGUUCGUGCUGUUCAUGAAGCAAACUGGAUGAAUGAGAUGGAGAUCAGCAUCUAUGACUCCUGGUUUGACCCAGUUGUGUCAUCACUCCCAGGUCUUAUACCUGAUGGUUUUAUUUAUCUAAGAGCUAGCCCAGACACCUGCCACAAAAGAAUGAUGGUUCGGAAAAGAUCAGAGGAGUAUGGCGUUACUCUUGAUUACCUUCGAGGUUUGCAUGAGAAACACGAGAGCUGGCUACUUCCAUCCAAGGGAGGAGGUUCUGGUGUAUUGUCCAUCAGUCAGCUUCCAAGUCAUAUGCAGGGCUCCCUGCCUGCGGAUAUACGAGAUCAGGUAUUCUACUUGGAAGGAGAUCACAUGCAUUCUAGUAUCCAGAAGGUUCCUGCUCUGGUCCUGGACUGCGAACACGACAUUGAUUUUAACAAAGAUAUUGAAGCCAAACGACAAUAUGCUCGGCAAGUUGCAGAGUUCUUUGAGUUCGUGAAGAAAAAGAAGGAAUCUCCUACUGCAGAGACAGAUGAUGGUGAUAAGAGUAUAAACAAACAGAUUAUGCUUCCCAACAAAGGUGGUUUGUGGGUGCCUGGAAACAGCCCUUUACCAGAAUCUGUUCUAAAGUCUCUUGAUUUCAGAAGGACGAUGUCUUCCUUCCUCUCAACUUAGGGGCUAAUAACAUUCCAUAUGCACUAUCGAUUUCUGUCCACAACUUGGAGCCUUGCAAAUGUUGCAUGGUCCAUCGACGCAUCUGGAUUGCAGAAUAGGACCUUUAACUGACAAUCCUGUAAAUGUCUAAAUAUUACCCAUUUAGGUUUUUAACUAGCGGUAGUGUGUGCUGUAUGAUAGUUGGUAUCCAACUCCAUGUGCCUGUAAAUGAUGAUCUGACUGCUUUCGUGUCAGUACUUGUUAACAUUGGGUUAGCAUCAGAUGUGCCCAGCUUUGUGUUCUAUUUGUGUUGCAGCGCAA